AUGCCUAACUCUCCCCCAGAAUCACCAACAAUUCAGCCUGUUGAGGCACCACCUCCUUGGGAAGACUUUCCUGACAAUACUUAUGAGCAGGAUCAAGGCUCAUUUGAGCCUUUGCAACUCCCAAAAACCAUGGCAAGUUCAUCAUUCAAAAUACAGAGUCAAAAUGACUACCUCAGGCAAUGGCUGCCAAGGCAGGAAUCAUAUCUACAUCACUUCCUCUAUCGAGAAGCUCCACCAGAAGACAGGAGAUGCAUCAUCUGCCAACAGGAUGGGGUGUACAAAUGUCAAGAUUGUCUUGGCGAGCCACUCUAUUGCACGGACUGUUGCAGGAGUCAACAUCGUAGCAAUCCUUUCCACUGGAUCAGUCAAUGGAAUGGGCGAUUCUUUGAGCGGAGUUGUCUAGCUCAUGUGGGACUCAUUAUAUACCUUGGCCAUGAUGGCAAACAAUGUCCGGCAGUCACCGAUCAGUGGAAUUUGUUUGAAGAAGAUGAACCCGAAGACCUGCUCGAGCCUGAAGAUCUGCCAUUUGUGUCCGGACCCGAGUUCCAGCCAAAGGAAAACACCAUGGUCAUUGUUGACAAGUCCGGAGUUCAUCACCUGGAGGUUCGAUGCUGUGAAUGUCAGAAUGCCAUGAGUCCGGACAUUCAAAUGUUUCGACAUGGAUUUUUCCCUGCAUCUUUUAACAGGCCAAAGACUGUGUUCACCUUCAGAGUGCUCAAUGAUUUUCUACUGGACAGCCUUGAAUGCGGUACCUUGGCGAUGAACUAUUACAACAAGCUCCGGCGAAUGACCUCCAGCAUGUUUCCACACCUUGUUCCAGACCGAUACAGAGAGCUCAUGAGGGUCGCUCGACAGUGGAGGCACAUAGGAGAACUCGCAUUAUUUUGCCCAGCAUGUCCUCAGCCUGGGAUUAAUGUGCUGUUGUCAGAGGAUGAAUCUCUUGAUGACGAUCCAAGCUGGAAAUACACCCAGUCAUUUGUGAUGGAUGGAAAUUUCAAAGCCGAACAUCUGCAUCCCAUUAAGCCAUUCGAUGAAGUUUGGCUGUCCGAUAGGCUUGGAUUCAUGGUAGGAAAGGACAGGUAUAAAAUGCAUCUGGCAGAGGCUGCUGACACAGUGGAAAAAUCAAGCUGCAACAAUCACCGGGCAGUAAAUCAAGCUAAUGCUGCUCGGCACAAGCUGGAGUCCACCGGUAUCAGGGGAGUUGCCUGUGCCAGACACGGUUGCUUGGUCCCUCACUCCAUGGUGGAUUUUCAGAAAGGCGAAAGACAAAUGAACAUGGACUACGCCCUUUGUGAGGCUUCCCGGCACAACAUGGAAGGCAUCACCAGGGCUGUCACCUUCUAUGAUAUUAAUUGUCAAUACAACAAACACUUUCAGGUUUGGGUGGAUCGAAGUCGAUUUCUAGAAAUGGCACCACAACUAACCAUCAUUCCCGGAAUUGGGUUGUGGCACGUUCAUGGCCAUCAGGACAGCUACUAUGUCCGAUAUGCUUCUAACUUUAUUGAAGGCAUUGGUCGGAUCGAUGGAGAGAUAAUGGAGAUGCUAUGGGCACGGCUCAAUCUGAUCUCCCCUGCUGCUCGGGGAAUGUCAUCUCCCCACCGAAAGGAAUGCCUUGAUUAUCAGAUGAAUGACUCUAAUUUCUGCAAGAUGAUUCGCAUGAAAAGGACUCUAUGCCGGAAAUACAAACUGGCUAGGAAUGGCAUCUCGGAAAGUGGAAAGGCAUUCGACAGACUCGAUGAAGCAGCACCCUCACAUUUGAAGACAGAAUGGUUAGCCAGGGAGAGGAUAGCUCAGUCAACCAUGGAUGAAUAUGAGAUCAAUAUCAAAAGGGUACCACGUAGCAAAAAUGAGAUUGAGCUUAGAUUGUUAGAGGAGGGUAAUGCCCGCAAUGCAGCACCCUCUCACAGAUCUGUGGCAACAUGGAUAUCAACAGGGUUAGCAAUUGAAGAAGCUCAGAUUGCAUUGCUCAUCGAGGUCCGAAGGAUCGGAAGAAGAUCCACCGAGACACAGAGAUUAGACAUCGCCCGUCAACGGGAUCGGCUCCAAGGCCAGAUAGAUGGAUUUGCUCGGUCUGCUCUAACACAUCUUGGGGAGGGAUUUGAUGCAGAUGAUGAACCUGAGGACUUGGAUGUAGACAUUCUAGAUGAUCUCGAUGAUGACCCGGCAUAUUUCACAGAGACAUCUCAUACAUGGACAAACUCUCCCGAGCUCACUGUAAUCCCAUUGCCAUCGAACCUGGGGGAUCUGAUUCCCCUGGAGAUGUCACUUCAUGAAGGGCAGGCCAAUGAUGCCCUUCACAAUCUCCGCAUUUGCCUUUGCAACAAGGCCAUCCUGUUCCGAACAACCGUUAGGCAGGCCAAAUCCCAGGCCCUGAAAACUCGAGCUUGGUCCCAGGUGAUCACAGCAGUGGGCGACCCAAAUGCCCGAGGUCAACGAAAUGAAUCUUUGGCUUGGUUUUCGUCUGUUGAAGUCGACCUCGGGGGUCCUGAUCAAUCGUGGAAUGAGGAAUUUUACCGAGUCCAUUGGCUGAGGGCAAAGGCACUACGGGAUUGA